CAGCGGAGAAGGAAAGAGUCACACGAUGGCAGAGAGAAAGGAGCAUCGUUUGGACACAUUUCACAGCAGUAAGCUCGGUGAUUUGUGCUCAAAGUGUCUCAGGUAUUGUGGUAAUACCACAAAUCUCACAAAACACCUAAAGGUGAACCAUACCAAAGAGCACGACGACUUGCAGCGGAGGAGAUUAGAGGAGAGGGAGAGAGAGUGCAGGGAAGAGCCCCACACCUGCGGCCCGAAUGAGGCAGACCUCUGUCUUGGCCCUACAGAGAGGCAGGCAAUAUCCAGGGGCAGAACAAUAUCAUGUUAGUUGUCCGGCUCAGACGAUCGAGGUAAAGGAAGGUGAUGAUGUGAAACUUUGGUGUCAGCUGCACCCCACGGUCGACCUGAAAGAAUAUACAGUGGAUUUCACCAGACCUGACCACAUGAACAUGGUGGUCCACGUGUAUCGACAUGGAAAUGAUCAUCCAUUUCUACAGUCCAAGUUGUACAGAAACAGGACGAGACUCGUGCACCAGAACCUGACAGAGGGACGAAUCACAAUGUGGAUGUCCUCAGUGCAGCUGACAGACACUGGACCAUACAAGUGUUUUGUCCCAAACCUGAAGGCCCAUUGUACUAUUAGGGUCAAUGUUGUAGAACAGAAGGACGCCUUCACGACUGUGGGACCUGUGACGUCCAAAGACCCUGGAAAAGAGAAAGAUUUGGUGCCAUCACUGGUGUUGUUCUUGUUCUUGUUCUUGUUGUUCUGGCUGCUUUCGUUGUUUACCUCGUGAAAAAUGGAAUGACCUGCAAAUGUGGGGAGACAAUUCAAGGACAACAUGGACAAAUCUGAUGGGACACAGAGAGCAACAAGGUGAACCUCGACAGUGUCUUGUGAAACAUCAUCCCAGAAGUUUCCGGAUGAGGUUGUUGAUGAGGGGCUGCUGGAGCUGCAAUAAUCAUGAUCUAUGCAGCCAGUCUUAUCUUAAACUAUGUCACAGUUCAAAUUCAGUUUCUGGUGGCACAUAUUUCAGCCCAUAAUGGGGGCCCACAAGCUGGACCAAGGUGGACAUUCACAUUAGAAAUCAUAUUUAUUGUUAAGAAAACUGUAUUUUAAAGAUGAAAUUGUAGCAUUGUAUAUAUAAGUGUAAACUACUGAACUUUGUUGCUGAUUUUUUUAUCUGUGCUCUGUUUUAUACUUUUCUAACGGACACUGCUAUUGUAUUGUUUUAUUGCCAGAAAAAUAGUAUUAAAUUAAAAUGCUUCACUGAUGUAUGACCGAUUCUCUUCUCCACUGAUGCAAGAACAUUGUAUUUUAUUAAUUUUAGAGAGUCUGACUAAGGA